AGCACAACAAACGGGUGGUAAUUGUCGACACAUCAAAUGAGAUUGGAGGUGAUGGUGAUAUCUGAUAUUCAGGUAUAGGUUGUGCAAGGAAAUAUGUAAUACUGUACUUACAUCAGUUUUCCAUGUUUUAGAUACUAGAAGCUGAUUUACUGCAAGUAGCAGAAGUAAUGGGACUUGAGGAUGUAAUAGAUGCUACAGAUGAUAUUGGAACAGCAGAUGCAAUCAUAGCGUCCAGUUCAGAAACGAAGCUGAACCCAUGGAUCCCUGGUGUCGCCAAAUUUCACCAAAUUCCUAUAUUUGUUAUCAAGUCGAAUACCAUGGCAGAAAUGGUGAAGGCAAUUCGCAUGAUUCUUGGGGUGGAAUCUUUUGGCCCAAUGUCAAAGCUUCCUUCAAAAGAUGUGUUUGACAUUGAGAUUGAAGACAAUACACCUUAAAGGAAACCCGCGUUGGAACAACUUGAUGCUUUAGAGGUACUUCCAUUUCUUUCAAAAAUCAAAAUCUUAAACAUAUCCCUGAUAUCAUCAAAAGCAUGAUAGCAU